UUAUUGAAUUGGACGUCCCAAUAAGGAAACAUCGCCUAUUGAAUUGGACAGAGGGAGUAUUUUUUUUUCUUUGUUUUAAUUUAACUCUUUCUAUUGUAACCUGGCUAACGAUCCCUGUUAGACCUUCGUCGUCAUUAUUUUUUCUUCCGUUGGAAGCUUACUGACUGUUUGUCCAUGGGCGCUUCAGAAUCAUCUCUGACGAGCUCCAAAAUUUCGGAGGAUGGAAUUACCACAGUUUCAGAGCGCGCGGAGGGCGUAGACCCUAUUUUAGAGAGGCUUAAAUCUCUCAAAAUCACGACUCCGAUACUUGCAUCAGCCCCAGCGGAAAGUACCUUAACGGAUAUCCUUGUGCGGAAACCAUUUUCUUCUUCUACUUCUGGUACUUUGGAUCCUAAUGUGCUUCUAGAGCUUUUCACAAUUUAUCGUGAUUGGCAGGAGGAGAAGGCACAAAAGAUAAGUAAAAGACAGGAAGAGGUUGAAAAUAAAAUAGAAGUUGCAGAUGCUUUGGCUGUGAAGCUUCUCCAACGUUUCAAUUACUCAGUCUCGGCGAUCAAAACCACAUCUAAUCAUCUAUCAGAAGUCCAUUCAUUGCAAGUGGAACUUGGAGAGUUAAAAGGAAGGUUAACAGAAGUGAUUAGCAAUUGUGAUGCAUUAUGCAAGAGAAUUGCUAGCGAGGGGCCAGAAUCACUGCAAUCUUCAGUAAGGCCAUUAGCAGCAGUCACCACCGAUCAAAAGACCGUCGCUGUCUUAGCAUCUUCGCCUUCAACAACAGAGGAGAAUCAACCCCCACAGCAGGAACAGUAGCCCUUUCUUUUCAUAUUCUUUUGAGGUUCAGUUAUGUUGAGGCAAACUCUCUGAACCCGUUACGUUCCAAUUCUAUAGGUCUUAUGUAUUCAUGACUUGCUACGGUAAUGAUAAUGUUGAUGGAUUCAUGAAAAUGAACAAUAAUUUGCUGCAUAUUUCAAAGAUAGAAA